CACUUGCGUGUUUCCGGCUCCGCUGCGGAAGGCGGAGGACUAGAGCCGUUGGGCAGGACACAACCCAAACGAGGUUGGAAAACCCGGGACGCAACAACGAAGCUCGAAACUCGAAGAUUGGCUAGGGGCUGGCGCGAUGGGCGGAGAGCAAGAGAACGAGCGGUUCGACGGCAUGUUGCUGGCCAUGGCGCAGCAGCACGAGGGCGGCGUGCCGGAGCUUGUGAAUACUUUCUUCAGCUUCCUUCGACGCAAAACAGACUUUUUUGUUGGAGGAGAAGAGGGGAUGGCAGAAAAGCUCAUCACACAGAGCUUCAACCACCACAACCAGCUGGCACAGAAGGCCCGGCGGGAGAAGAGAGCGCGGCAGGAGACUGAGCGGCGGGAGAAGGCGGAGCGGGCAGCCAGGCUGGCUAAGGAGGCCAAGUCAGAGAGUUCUGGGCCCCAGAUCAAGGAGCUGACUGAUGAGGAGGCAGAGAGGCUGCAGCUGGAGAUUGACCAGCUUUGCCCUUUGCCACAGAAAAAGGAUGCAGAGACUCAUGAGGCCCAGCUCAAGAAUGGCAGCCUUGACUCACCUGGGAAGCAGGAAGCUGAGGAGGACGACGACGAGGAUGAGAAGGACAAAGGCAAACUGAAGCCCAACCUCGGCAACGGGGCAGACCUGUCCAAUUACCGCUGGACCCAGACUCUGUCGGAGCUGGACCUGGCAGUGCCCUUCUGUGUGAACUUCCGGCUGAAGGGGAAGGACGUGGUGGUGGACAUCCAGCGGCGGCACCUCCGGGUUGGGCUCAAGGGGCAGCCUGCAGUCAUUGACGGGGAGCUGUACAACGAGGUGAAGGUGGAAGAGAGCUCGUGGCUCAUUGAGGACGGCAAGGUGGUGACGGUGCAUCUGGAGAAGAUCAACAAGAUGGAGUGGUGGAGCCGCUUGGUGUCCAGUGACCCUGAGAUCAAUACCAAGAAAAUCAACCCUGAGAACUCCAAGCUGUCAGACCUAGACAGUGAGACGCGCAGCAUGGUGGAAAAGAUGAUGUAUGACCAGAGACAGAAGUCCAUGGGGCUGCCCACUUCGGACGAACAGAAGAAACAGGAAAUUCUGAAAAAGUUCAUGGAUCAGCAUCCGGAGAUGGAUUUUUCCAAGGCCAAAUUCAACUAGCCUGUUUGUCUCCCUGAACUCUUUGGGCUGAGCCCCCAGCUAUCCACCUCCUUUCCCACCCUUCCCUGGGACUUAAGGGUCUCAGAGCUGAGGCAGGCAUGAGACUGGCCCAGGCACACAGGCCCCAGAGCGUCCUGGGGAAGGGCUGGGGCCUCCGGGGGUCUUGUUCUCCCGGUUGGCCUGCUGUUACACAUUAAAACUAUUUACCCAUUC